AUGGUUGAACAGGACCUUGACAAGUCUGGGGAUAAUCAUAGACCACCUAAUGGGUAUAUUCAAAGACAUUUUCCUAUGCUUCCUUGGUAUUCAGCCCCAGAUAAACCCUUUCCUCGUAGGAAAUAUAAGUGUUUGAAGUGUCUUGAGAUGAUGAAGCGAUCAUCAAAUGCUCAAGUUGAGACAGCGCUUUCUGAAAAAAAAUCUCAAGUAGAAUGUUUAGUUAUGUCAAGAGAAAAAAUAUCAUUAAAUGAGGUAUCUGAAGAUAAAGAAGUUAAUAAAGACGAUAUGUCUGUUCAAGAUAAUUGUAUUACGUCGAAAUCGUGGUCGGAUUUGCUUAAAGGGCCAGAAUCAAGUUAUUCUAAUGGUUCAUCGAAGCUAGUAAUCACGAGGGAGAUGCCAUCUAAUAAUUUAAAGGAAGUGUUUGAUUAUGUUAAGUUAAAAUCAGGGAGAAAUCAUAAUGUUUUGAUUCAGCCUCGUGGCCUUAUUAAUAUAGGGAAUGUUUGUUUUAUGAAUGUGAUUCUUCAAGUUUUAGUUUUUUGUCCUCCAUUUUAUAAUUUAUUGGAUGAAAUUGGUAAAAAAAUGACACAUAGUUUGGUUAAUAAUACAUCUUUAAUAAGUGCAUUGAUUUCUUUUAUUCGUGAAUUUCCUAUUAUUGAUAAGCCAGUUUUAAAUGGUGGAACAACGGUAAAAAAAGAUGAUUUUGAAGAAUUUGGAGAGCCUUUUAUUCCAGAAUAUGUCUAUAUGGCAAUGCGAGGGAAUAAGCUUUUUGAUUCUAUGAGGAGAGGACAUCAAGAAGAUGCAGAAGAAUUUUUAGGGCUUUUGCUUGAUGCGCUUCACGAAGAAUUUGUUCAAGAAAUGAAACCAAAUGCUGAUGUUUUUCCUAAUAAUACAAUUCGAUAUAUAAACUGCGUAGAUUUCGUAUCUACGAAUUCUUUUGAUUACUCUCAGGAUAAAAAUGAGAAUGAAUGGGUUGAAGUAGGUCCGAAACAGAAAACGAGUAUUAUGCGAUCGGCUACAGUAUCCGAGUCUCCUUUAACACCUAUUUUCACUGGAAAUUUUCGUUCUAUUUUACGUGUAUCUGGGAUGAAACCAUCCAUUACACUUGAGCCCUAUCGAUCUUUACAGCUUGAUAUUGAACCUCUUCAUAUAGGUUCAAUAGAAGAAGCACUUCAGAAUAUUACACAACCAGAAGUUCUUAAUGGAGAUUGGCAUUCUUCUUUAGGUGAAAAGUUAAAGGCAACAAAACAAGUUUUUAUUGAAACGUUUCCACAAGUUCUUAUUCUUCAUCUUAAGCGCUUUAUCUAUGAUAAUGUUGGUGGUGCUCAAAAAUCUUAUAAAAAUGUUCAUUAUCCUUUACAAUUCGAAAUUCCUCCAACUGUAAUGAGUCCUCAUCGUCGUAUUGAAAAAAAUAUAAAAUUUAUUUUGUUUGCUGUUGUAUAUCAUCAUGGAAUGUCUGCCUCGGGUGGACAUUACACUGUUGAUCUUCUUCGUCAAGAUUUACAUUCCUGGAUUCGUAUUGACGAUACCCAUAUUUCUCAUAUCCUUCCAGAGCAUGUUAUUCCUUCUUCCGAUUCGCCAAAUCGUUUUGCUUAUCUUCUUUUUUAUCUUCGUUUAUGA